AUGAGGAUUUUUGAGAAAAUGGCAGAGGGAAAUCAUUCUACAGUGACUGAGUUCAUCCUGGUUGGAUUAACAGACAAAGCAGAGCUCCAGUUGCCCCUCUUCCUUCUUUUCCUAGGAGUCUAUAUGUUCACAGUGGUGGGGAACCUGGGUAUGAUCACACUGAUUGGGCUCAGCUCUCAUUUGCACACCCCCAUGUACUAUCUCCUCAGCAGUCUCUCCUUCAUUGACCUCUGCCAAUCCACUGUGAUUACUCCCAAAAUGCUGGGGAACUUUGUGAUAGAGAGAAACACCAUCUCCUAUGCUGAAUGCAUGACUCAGCUCUACUUCUUUACUAUUUUUGCAAUUGCAGAGUGUCACGUGUUGUCAGCAAUGGCAUAUGACCGCUAUGUUGCUAUCUGUAACCCCUUGCUUUACAAUGUUACCAUGUCUAAUCAAGUCUGUUCCUGGAUGGUAGUUGGGGUGUAUAGCAUGGGCUUGAUUGGUGCCUCAGCUCACACUGUUUGCAUGCUAAGAGUGCUUUUCUGUAAGGAUAAUAUAAUAAACCAUUAUUUCUGUGAUCUUUUUCCACUACUGGAGCUCUCCUGCUCCAGUACAUUUAUAAAUGAAGUAAUAGGUCUGUGCUUAAGUGCAUUUAAUAUCUUUGUUCCAACCCUGACAAUCCUUAGCUCCUAUGUCUUCAUCAUAGCUAGCAUCCUACGCAUUCACUCCACUGAGGGCAGAGCCAAAGCCUUUAGCACAUGCAGCUCCCAUGUCUCAGCUGUUGCUCUCUUCUUUGGUUCUCUAGCAUUCAUGUACUUACAACCAUCAUCAGUCAACUCCAUGGAUCAAGGGAAAGUGUCCUCCGUGUUUUACACUAUUAUUGUGCCCAUGCUGAACCCUCUUAUAUAUAGCCUAAGGAAUAAAGAUGUCAAAAAUGCUCUAUAUAAGCUCUUUGGAAAAAGAAAUUUCCCAUAA